AUGGCUUUUGUACACUGUGCAUCAGAUGAAUGUGCAAAAUCGGAACUGGACAUAUUUCAGCUGUCACCAACACAAACCAGCAUUGAAAAAAGCUACUAUGCCGAAGUGCCGCCUCUCACAGCAUUGUCAGAAAAUUCCCCACUUGAGUUUUCCAUUGCCGGAAAUGAUCAAUACCUGGACCUCAACAACACACUCCUCUACUUAAGCUGUAAAAUACAUAAAAAUGAUGGAACAAUUCUGGCCGCCAAUUCACGUGUUGCCCUUGUAAACUACCCGAUUGCUUCUUUGUUCAGUCAGGUGGACAUCACCAUCGGGGACAGAUUGAUCAGCCAGAGCAAUAACUGUUACCCAUAUCGAGCGUUUAUCGAAACCGUACUAAAUUACGGAGACGAGACCCUGAAAACACAAUUUUCAGCUGGACUGUUCUAUAAAGACACACCUGGUCACCACGAAGCCACUGCACUGGAUGGCACAAAUUUGGGGUUCAAUAAAAGGGCUGCUUACACGUCCAGAAGCCACAGGGUUGAUUUAUUGGGUCACAUCCAUGCAGAUCUCUUCUUUCAAGAGAAAUUAUUAAUUAAUGGGGUUGAUGUAAAACUAAAGUUGGUGCGAAAUAAGGAUGACUUUUGUCUGAUGAGCAAUGGUGAUGAAUUUAAGGUCAGCAUAUUAUCAGCAUCAUUAUUUGUGAAAAGAGUUCAAGUCAACCCGGCAGUCAGACUGGGUCAUGCUGAGGCCUUGAUGACCAGCAACGCAAAAUACCCAAUCGACCGGGUUCAAAUGAAAGUGUUCAGCAUACCUACUGGGAGUCGUGUCUGCAACCAGGAAAACCUGUUUCUGGGACAGCUGCCCAAAUUGGUUGUUUUGGGAUUUGUUGACAAUGCAGCUUUCAGUGGCAACUUUACACACAACCCCUUUAAUUUUAAACAUAACAACAUCAACUUCAUGGCUCUUUACCUGGAUGGAGAGCAGAUACCCAGCAAGCCUCUGCAGCCUGAUUUUGCUAAUGGACACUGUGUCAGAGAAUAUUUUCAACUGGUGGAGACCGCUGACAAGAGGAUGAAAGAUAAGGCCCUGUUAGUUGAUCGUGAAGAGUUUGCUAAAGGCUAUUCACUUUUUGCAUUCAACCUAAGCCCUGAUAUGGAAUCAACAGGACACUAUUCACUCAUCAAAACAGGCAACCUCAGGGCCGAAAUAAGAUUUGCUCAACCGCUGCAAGAUACAGUGAAUAUGAUUGUGUAUGCAGUUUUUGACAACAUCAUUGAAAUUAAUAUGCGUCGGCAAGUUAUUUACGACUACAGUUAA